AUGGAUAAAAGGAAACAUAAGGUUCUAUCUACUGAACCUAAGCAACCGGUUCUUAAUGAUGACAUGAAGGCUUGGGUGAAAGAGUUAUUUGAGCAGAAUUUCAAUGCAAUGGAACUUAGGCUACAGAAACAGAUGGAUGAGAAAUUUGAGACACUGCAGUCCGAGCUGAAAGGAUCGCGCAAGGAUGCUAGAGUUGAGCUCAAAGAUUCCGGGAACGAUGGACAGCCUACACCGACGAAGCCAUCGACGAGCCAGGCAUAUUUCCCAUUACAGGAAGCGUCUCAUACUCCAGCCGAUGGGAAUUUCAGUGAAGCAGAUGAUAUCUUCCGAGAGAUGGGUACGCAAGGUGUUGAAAGGCUGUCUCAGCCCUCGUAUAUGCAGGGUUUUGAUCCAUCUCAUACCUCUAAGGAAGAUGACUGGUGGACUCCGAUGACUUCAGUCAGAGGUUCAAAAGCUAAACGAAGCAAAGGUAGUACAACUCCACCUCCGUCGCAAUGGAAGAAAUGGAAAAGCAAAGGCACUGUAAAGAUUGGUCCUUCAUUCUUCAAUUUGGCUGUAGCUACAAGGAUAAUAUGUUCUUCAGAAUGGCUUGGCAAUGAGAAAAUGGAUUCAAUUAUGUUUAUAUGGCGAGUGAACACAUCUUUCAAGCGUUGGACCCCAACCCGUGUUGCUUUCAUGCCCUCCAUCUUCUGCCUCCAAAUGGACACUGAAUUCAACAAGUUUGUCCCGAACAAAAAAGCUUAUGAAUUGCAUGAGUUUCUUAUUUCUUACGACAGAGGAGAGCUUCCAGCUCAUGGUCGGACUGAUCAAGUCUGGGGUGUCGAUGUUGAUCGUCUCUAUUUUCCUCAGUUUGUAAAUGGCAAUCACUGGAUUGCUGUCUGCAUCAACAUCAUUGAGAGAAAAGUGGAAGUCUUUGAUUGCAAUAGAGGAAGGAAUAGGCAAUACGUUGAGAAGUUUGCGGCUUUGAUUCCGCAGACAGUGAAGGCCGUUGCACCAUCUGAAAGCAAGAAGCAGCUACUCAUAUCACCAUAUUCUAUAGUAGAUGUACCGAUGAAGGCGAGGUUGAACAAGAGUUCUGCUGAUUGCGGAGCAUACGCACUCAAACACUUGCAAUGCCAUCUCCUUGGUCUCGACCUCGGUUUAGUAGAUGACGAAAUCAUCCAGGGCUGCAGACAAAAGACUGAUGUGGACUUAUGGGAGGCUUCACACGAUCCCAUCUUAGCUCAGGUUAUGACUCAAUAUAUAUGUGCCUUCACCAUGGGGUAA